AUGGUAAUCAUCUCUCUUCUUUGCCUUGCACUUUGUUUUCUCGUUGGGUCUUCAAAGGAUGAGUUCGCGCAUGGCAGGGUCAACGCUGCUCCGGCACCUCGGUCCUCGCCUCUUCUUCUCCGCCGCCGCUGGAGAGCCGGCAUGCUCGUUGCUCCUCUCCGGGUCCGCCUCCUUGGCGCCCGCCCGGUCGCCCGCAGCCGUGCUGGUGCGCCUUUUCCCCGUACGUAUGACCAGCACCACGGCGGCUAAGGCUUUCGGUGGAGAGCAGGAAGGGGAGGCGAAGCGUUCUGCCACUUCAAGGGAACCGACUGCCGUCCCGCCGAGCGAGCGCAAGGCCGUUGCGAGCUAUUGGGGCAUCCAGCCAUCCAAGAUCAUCAAGGAGGACGGCACCCCCUGGAGGUGGUCUUGCUUCAUGCCGUGGGAGACGUACAAGGCGGAUACCUCGAUUGAUCUCAAGAAGCACCACGUCCCCGCGACGCUCCUCGACAAGCUCGCUUACUGGAUGGUAAAAGCUCUCCGAGUCCCGACCGACAUCUUCUUCCAGAGGAGGUAUGGGUGCCGCGCGAUGAUGUUGGAAACUGUGGCGGCCGUGCCGGGGAUGGUGGGUGGCAUGUUCCUCCACCUCCGCUCCCUCCGCCGUUUCGAACAAAGCGGCGGGUGGAUCCGCGCGCUGCUGGAGGAGGCGGAGAACGAGCGGAUGCACCUGAUGACGUUCAUGGAGGUGGCACAGCCUCGGUGGUACGAGCGCACCCUCGUGAUCGCCGUGCAGGGCGUCUUCUUCAAUGCAUACUUCCUCGGUUACCUCGUCUCGCCCAAGUUCGCCCACCGCGUGACGGGAUACCUGGAGGAGGAGGCCAUCCAUUCCUACACCGAGUUCCUCAGGGACCUGGAGGCCGGUGAGAUCGACAACGUCCCCGCCCCCGCCAUCGCCAUUGACUACUGGCGCCUCCCCGCCGAUGCCACGCUGAAGGACGUCGUCAUGGUUGUCCGUGCUGAUGAGGCGCACCAUCGUGACGUCAAUCACUUCGCUUCGGACAUCCAUUACCGGGGGAUGGAACUCAAGGAUAUACCUGCACCGCUAGGUUAUCACUGAACUGCUGCUAGGUGUCACGUCUCUGUGUUCUGCCGAGUAGAAAAACUGUUUAUAAAUAAAUUCGAUUUAUCUUCCAACAGAAAUAUUCUCGAUUUUUACUGAAUCAUAAUUAAAAGAAUAAUUAAGAUACAAGGAUUACGUUACUGUAUAUAAUAUUUAAUUUUUUUUUAAUUCUUUUCAAGUAAUCACAGUAAAAAUCUACCGUCGAUCUAAUCUAACUUAAGAUGAAAGUAUUGCUAGAUGAUUAAGAAUAGUUUUUUUGUGUUGUUUUUGUUUUUUUUUCUUUUUUCUCUUUCUUUUCUGUCUCAUUUUCUUCUUUUCUUUAGAAUCUCGUGGCUGUCAAAAAUUGUUUAGUUAUCUUUUUCUGUCUUUUUUUAUAGUCAUCACAUCCCUCAUAAUAUAAAUUAUGAUUAAAUUAAAAGGGGUGAGCUGUGGGCUAAUAAAGUUCAUCUUGGAUUGAAUAUGGGCUAUCAGCCCAAUAAUUUUUCCCUUCAGCCCAUAAGAGAGGUUGUCAUAUGACUCCUCAAAGUGAAGUCAUACCGAUCAGUUGUCGGCAUAUCUCUAGUCUUUCUAUUUGUAAGGUCUUUAUCAACAUAUUUGCUCCGUUGUCAUCUGUGUGAAUUUUCUGGAGCUGCAACUGCUUU